AUGCCUCCCCGAUUAUCUCCUUCCGCGGUCUCCCUCAAGACACCUAACAUCCACACACACUGCAAAUCCUGUUUCCAGCGCUCCUUCUCCUCUACCCCUUCGCUGUCCCAGACUAAGCUCCGUGAGCAAUUCUGGCUAUGGCUGCGUGGACCUGGGGAGAACUUCCGCCACCCCCUUCCGGGUUCAACCAACUACCUAUCCGCAUACGACAGGAGAGGAAACCUCAUUCGUCGCGGUAGGGGCCAAGAAGCGUCAGGAGAGUCCGAAAAGGAAAAAAGCUCUGAAGACGCCGUGACGGCCGAUGAGGAAGCUCUUGAAGCGGCUGCUACGGAGCAUGAGCAGGAGUACAAGCUCCCUAAAGAGACACUGGAAGAUCUACGGCCCUUUCCCUGGAACAAGAACUUUGGUAAACCACUCGCCAUCCCGUAUGCUCGCGCCGUCCACGGUAUGGUGCCUCUCACGACUCUCAACCCGACAACGCGGUUGCCCGACGAACCUCAUGAAUCCAUCAACGAUCUGGAGCAGCACCCACUCACAUUCCCACAAAUCUUCUACCCAGCUUCUGAGUCACGCGCGUUCAAUCGUACCGAUGCGGGAAGAGUAUUUAGUGGUGCACCAAGGCUCUCUGACGAGCAAGAAAAUGCCAUAGACGAAGGAGCCCAUGAAGCAUGGCAAGAUUCGAGACCCGAGAUAAUUGGCAGACCGGGCCAUACGCGCACAGUCUUGAAACCGGCAGACUCACGUAUUCCCCAUCCGCAUUUAAUCGCGUUUGAAAAGGAUAAACAAGACCGGUCACUCACACCACUUGAGAGACGUGCACGACAUCGUGAGCGACUGGAGAAAGACGAGGAGAGACGGCGUGCUCUCAAAGCCAAGUUACAAGAGGAAGAGGAAAGCAAGAGAACGAGGAUUGAUGUGGGCCGCUGGCAGUUUGUGGUUACGGAGGUGCAGAGUACCAGACAAGGGACUGGGCUGGAUGGCCGGGGAUCAGGCAAAGGCGCCGUGGGUCAGAGAUAUGGUGUGCCGAGCCAGGAAAGGAAGAAGGGCCAAGUCAAGAUUCCUACGAAGGUGGAUGUAUAA